AAUUUGACUUGUCUAGUCUUGUUGAAAAAAAAACCUUAGGGAAUGAAGCGGUAUUAUUCUCAGGAAAAUAUGAAGAUAGGUGGAGCAUUGAGGCCAACCUUUGAACGCCUCAGGCAAACAAAAAGACAUAUGAGACACAAACAAAAAACUAGACUACCAUUUUUCAGCGUGAGAUCUCACUACCUUCUGCCAUUGAGAAUAACAAAAUUCUAAGAUGCCUGCUCCUGGUGUGUGCAUGAAUAUCAUAAAGGAGCGUCAGCAAAGCGGUGGUGUGGGGACAUUAAGUAACCCAAAGAAGUUCCUGGGCCAGGACUAUGAGUUGCUUCGCCAGUAUUAUCUUAUCAGAGACAGGAGAUAUAUUGAUGACAUGUUCCCCCCUGACAGCACUUCUAUCGGAGAAAACUUGCUACGGCCUGAGGAAUUGGCUAAAGUGGAAUGGAUAAGACCAACGAAACUGGUGCCAAAUCCAAGUCUGAUUGUUGAUGGUGUGUCCAGGUUUGACUUUGCCCAGGGCGUAGUGGGUAACUGCUGGUUUCUAGCUGCAGUUGGUGCGCUCACAUUUCAGAAGCCCAUCAUGCAGAAGGUCUUUCCAGAUGGACAGUCAUUUGAGAAGGAUUAUGUAGGAAUAUUUCACUUUAGGUUCUGGAGGUUUGGCAAAUGGGUUGAUGUUGUAAUUGAUGACAAACUACCUACCAUUAAUGGACAACUCAUUUUUGUACGCCCUAAAAUCCAAAAUUCCAGAAUUCCUGAGUUUUGGCCUGCCCUGUUAGAAAAGGCAUAUGCCAAAGUGUGUGGGUCUUAUGAAGACAUGAAAUUUGGCUGGGUAUCUGAAGCCCUGAAGGAUUUUACUGGUGGCGUGCACAUGACUGUAGACCCCCAAAAUGAGAACCCUCAAAAAUUGUGGGACUUGAUCAAUCGAGCAGCCAGAGCCAACUCUCUGAUGGGUUGUGGUACACCUGGAAAUUCAGCGCUUAAUUCACAACAGAACAAUGGUCUAGUGGAGGGACAUGCCUACACUGUAACAGGAGUCACCAUGGUGAAAAGCAAUGGCAAUCCAGUUCUGCUGGUAAGGCUGUUAAACCCCUGGGGACACACAGAAUGGAAGGGAAGCUGGUGUGAUGGAUCAGAAUCAUGGUCAACGGUCAGUGAAGAAGAACGCAAAGCAUGCACAAAUUUUGUAGACGAUGGAGAGUUCUGGAUGUCUAUGGAAGAUUUCUGCAAAUGCUUCUGUCAGCUGGAUAUCUGCAAUUACUCUCCUGCUUUUUUGGAUGGCUCUCUUGAAAGCCAUUGGAUUUAUUCAGUGCACGAGGGCCGCUGGCUCGCAGGCAGCACAGCUGGUGGCCCCAUGACACUUUUAGACACUUUCUGGACCAACCCUCAGUUUCCGGUCAGGAUCACUGAGAUAAAAACGUCGUGUGAACCAGGAACAAACCAGGGGCAAAAUAUACUUGUGUCUCUCAUGCAAAUGCCUGAUAAGAGAAACAGACGUCUCACCAGAAAUCUUCACAUGGGAUUCUGCAUUUUCAAGCUGGUAGAAUCUGGUAUGACCUCCACAGUUUCCUUCUUAAGCAACAUUAAUCUGGUGUUUGCACCCAAAGCGAUGCUUGAUACACGUGAAGUAACAGAGUAUGUGAAGCUGGACCCAGGAGACUAUAUCAUCGUGCCAUUUACUUAUGAAUCCAAUAAAACGGCCUCCUUCGUUCUGGGCCUCUGUUCAAAGACAGAAACUCACACUGGAGAACCCUUUAUGGCCUACAACUAUGAUGAGAAAAUGCUGCGUCAAAUGUCUGAUCAUUAUCAGGAUGUGAAUGCAGAGCAGCUUCAGAGAUUUCUAAAUGAGAAAUAUAUUAAAGGUGGUGUGAAAAACACAGGAGGUUUCAGUUUGGAUGCUUGCCAGAGUAUCGUCGCUAUGAUGGAUCUCUCAGUUACUGGAACACUUAGUGCGCAUGAACUCGGUGAGCUGUUGAGAAAAACUGAUGUGUACAAGGAUAUUUUCUACCGUGUGGACAGCAACAGAGACGGCAUUCUGUCACUGACAGAGCUUCGGCAUGCAAUAGAAGCCACAGGCUUUCGUAUUAGUGAUAAGUUGCUGGAACUUACAAAUCUACGCUUUGCUGACUCCACUGGUCGAAUCAGUCUGGAAAGAUUCAUCUAUCUGGCUCUACGUCUAAGCUGCAUGUCUGAAAUAUUCAGUAAACUUGGCGACAGCAAUUUCUUGCAUCUCAGAGAGCAUGAGUGGCUGCACCUUACUAUGUACUCCUGAAGAAGAACCAUAAGAACGGAACAUUUCAACUUCAUAUUAUUGUAACAUUUCCUUGGGUUACUUUUAAAAAAUCUACCUAAUGGCUAUCUUUCUUUUUUUCAUUCAGUCAAGGGAUGUUUAAAAUAUAGCACAUUACUGUCUGCAACAUGUUGGGACAAGGGGUUAUAAUACACAGCAUUUUGUUUUGUUGGUACUUGAACUUGAGCAUGAAAUUAUGUUUGGGAAUCUAGUGAAUUAUUUGCCAACUUGCUCUGAGCAAAUGUCAAAAUGUUUUUUUUUCCCCACUACACAUACAAUACAAGCUCAUACACUGCUGACAGCAUUUAAGUACAAAAUGAGACUUUAAAUGUUGUGCCACACCUCUCACCAGUGUGCCAAGUUCUCCCUGUAUUGUUUCAUGACAGCAUGAAGCUGCCAUCUAGUGGAACUAAACACGGCCUUCAGAGCAAAUCAGACCCUAAAUCAACUGAAACCUUGUUUGUACCUUGUACACUGGUUUGACCUCAUUAAAUUUUCCUUGUUGAUUCGCUUACUUUAAAUAGUAGAAGCAUACUUACAAGAGGUUGGAGAAAAGCCUGAAUGAUGAAUGGUGCCUAAAUACAGAGGCUUCUGAUAGGAUUAUAGGAUAGAGUGUAAGAGUGUUUUCUCAGCAAUUCUAGGAUUUCCAGCUAAACCUGUAUUUUGAAGUUUUAGAAAUUAAACGGACUGCUGUAAAGUCUGAAUUGUGGCUGUAUCUCUUGUAACCUGAUCUCUUAUGGCUGUAUGAUUGUGGAUUAACUCUCUUCUUAUCUCUUACAAGAUAAAAAACAAACAAAGCAACAAAAACAUUAAAAAAUUUCAGUUGA